UACAUGGAUUAGUAAACAAAUCAGACCAAUGACGAAAUACUUUGUCUUAGCUCAUACCAGCAAUGAACUGUUACGUUCUAAUAACUUUUUUAUAUCCUUUCUGGUUGUUUAUUUAAUGAAAAGAUGAAUUUCUCUUCCAGCAUGAAAAAGUUAUUGUGCAAUAAUUAUUGUUUGAUUAAAAGAGUUUCUUUUUCUACAAAACCUAUUGGUUUAAUAGGUGCACCUAUCAGUAAAGGUCAAAAACGAAGUGGUGUUGAUCAAACUCCCGAUGUCAUUCGAAAAGCUGGUUUGAUCAAAGAACUAAAAGAUUUUGGUUUAAAUAUCAAGGACUAUGGAAAUGUGCACUUUGAUGAAAAUGUAGUAGAGCCUUCAGGUGGGAAGUUAAGGUUUCCUAUAACUGUGGGAGCAGCAUGUAAAAAGGUAUCCGAUGCUGUAAAAAAUGUGAUUUCUGAUGAAAGACUGUGCAUUACUCUUGGUGGUGAUCACAGUGUAGGCAUUGGAACUGUACAUGGUCAUUCCCAAGUGCAUGAUUUAUGUGUUCUAUGGAUUGAUGCACAUGCUGAUAUCAACACUGUUGAAACCACGAUGUCUGGAAAUAUUCAUGGCAUGUCUUGCUCUUUCUUUUUGAAAGACCUUGAAUUAUCUAGUUAUGGUAUACCUGGCUUUGAGUGGAUUAAACCUUGUGUGCAGAAAAAAAAUAUAGCCUACAUAGGAUUGAGAGAUGUAGAUCCCCUUGAAAAACAAAUAUUAAGAAGAGAAAAUAUUUUACAUUAUACCAUGAGGGAUGUUGAUGAAUUAGGAAUUUUUGAAGUUACUAGACGUGCUUUGAAAGAAAUAAAUCCAGAUGGAAGUUUAUCCCUUCAUGUCAGUUUUGAUAUUGAUAGCAUUGAUAAACUGGUUACACCAAGUACAGGAACACCUGUUCUUGGAGGGCUGACUGCCAGGGAAGCAUUGUGUUUUGCUGAGGAGAUUUCAAGAAUUGAAUCAUUACAUGCUGUAGAUAUAGUUGAAGUAAAUCCUACACUUGGGAGCAAAGAGCAGAUUGAAAAUACUCUUCUUGUGACCAAAAUGGUGAUAAAAGCAUUUCUUGGAUGCUCUAGGCAUGGUGGCAUACCAAAGAUACUGAAAGAAUUUCCUAAUCGAGUUUAGCCAAAAAGUUUAUUUUAUUCUGAAAGUUUAUUUUUUAUAAAAUCAACUAGCUAUUUUUACUACAUGUUUUUAAAGAUCUUUUUACACCUAAGAUUUAUUUUAUGUACUUAAAUUGUUAUAUCUAUUCAGAAUUUAUAAUAAAAAUUAUUUUUAUACUGA